AUGCAAAAACUUGACAUGGCUACAGUUGCCACUGGCUUAUACAAUAUACUUUGCUUCACUCUUUUGCUGAUUCUUAACCUUUUAGGAUCACUAUCAUCGGAAGUGAUUUUGGUUAAGGACAAUUUGUUCACCACAGAGGAGAUUCGAGAUAUGAAGACUUUGCUGUCGCAUGAGGAAACAUUCUGGGUAUUCAAACCGAUCAGUCAAGAGAGUUCAUAUGAUAUUCCCAAUGAUAUCCAGGGCAGUUUAUCACGAGCCAGACAAGCUAACACCUGCUUCUCUUGGACUACCAACCUACCUUUUGAAACUUUUAAAAAUUCUUCACCUUGGAGGAAACUUACAGAAACACUUUCGUCAAACUUUGAAGCAAAAGGUGAUUACAGGAUACUGGGAUUUGAAGGAAAAAUUAACGUCAGAGGAACCCAUCUGUGUGGUGAGAAGUCGAUUGUGAAUGAACAAGAUUUUGAAAGCUUUGUGGCUGUUAUUUUUCUUGUAGAUUGGAAACGCAAUAGUUAUGGUGAAUUGGUUAUUUACAAUCAUAAAGGAGAAAUACUGAAAGCUGUGUAUCCCAAACAAGGUAGGCUUGUAGUCUUUCCUUCCACUCUCGAACAUGUUCUCAAGCCACCGUCGAAUGACCUCUCAGGACGCUUGUACGUAAUGAAAUUCCACAUAUCAGUGUCUGGUAAAACACAGAAAAUUGGCACCACAGCUGGGGAAAAGGCCCUUGGUUUUAGUCAAUACAUUCCCAGUUUUAAACAUCUGACUAAAGCUGAUGCUCUUAAUGUGGAAAAGGAAGUUAUUAAAGAGUUUAUUACUAGAAAUUUUACCACCAGUGACGGUCGACACGUCGUUGUGUUUGAUGAUGUUGUUCCUGCAAAAGAGCUUGAUGCUCUGAGGUAUACAAUCGUUAAUAGUGGAUACAAUGACAAUGCUGCUGGUGUGGAUAGUACAGAUAAUGUGCAGUGGAUAAUGGCAUUUGAAGUUGAGGAGUUUGUACAAACCUCUUUAUGGCAACUAGCCAGUCAAAUUAUAAGAGCUGUUUCGGGUAAAGAAGGCUACUACCCUUAUGACAUUGGUUGCAAUAAUAUACAGAAUAUGGACACCACAACAAUUCACACAGACUGUGCAUCUCAUGAGAAUGAGUUUACUCUGCUGAUUUAUCUCAAUCAAAAUUGGACUGAAAACCAUCAUGGUGAAACAGUAUUCUUUAAUGAUGAGGAGAGUGAAGUUAUAUUUGCAGUUAGACCAAAAUAUGGGCGUGUUGCUGUUUUUCACGGGACAAUUCCUCAUAGCGCUCGGCCACCACCAGUGACAUUUGCAGGUAUGCUUUCAAAUAAGAAGUGACAGCUUCUGCUGGUGAAAUAAAUUUACUAGUGGUUAGGGACAGAAUGGGGUAUCAUUAUUGUUAAGCAAUGUAGUCUCAACUCUCAAUGUCAAUUGUCGCACCCACUUUUUACGUAAACCUUUCUUGAAAUAGCUGUGUCCUGGAUCAGGGCUAGGCCCCAUUAGUUUUUUAUUAUUUUGUUUUCUGUUUUGGAUAGAGGGAAAGUGACGUAAAACAAAGCAAAAAAUAAACCCUACCCUGAAUCUGAGUUGUCAAUAUUACUGACUUUAGUUCCUGUUAUUUUUCCCUCUGUUACUUAAGGUAAUUCUCUGUAAAGGGAUUUACUGGGAUUUACUUUUAACUGACUUGCGUGCAAACUGUUUGAACUUGGACAACCCUAAAAAUAAGCCCUUAAAAAUUGUUAUCAUGCAGCAAACCCAUAAAUAUUUGGGAAACUGAGAACCUUUUAUUUGUCUGAGCUAUAAUCUUUCAGCAAUGUGAUUUUAUAUAAAACUGUCUGAAUUCUUGCAAACAGUGUAAGAAAACUGAACAGCAAGAUCAACUCGUUCUCUCCUAUUGCUCUAAAUGCAGCAUUUUGGUGUCAUUUCUAAUAAACAAUGCAACUUCUACCAUCCAAAUUUUUUUCUCCUUAAAAGAUGUUUUUCAUUUACCUAUUACGAAUAAAUAACACUAAUAAAAAGGGGAGUCACCAUGCUUGUUUCAUUGGAAGAUGACAAGAAAGCCGGGGAAAUUUUGGCUUCAAAUGAUCAUUUUACACAAUGGGCCUGUAAAGAGUUUCAAGAACAUCACCGUUUUAACCCAGAGGAUCGAGUUAACAAACACUAAAACUUUUGGACUACAAAAGCAGCCUUUGUUACCUGGCAAAUUAGGCAGCUGGUGAAAAUUGCCUCCACCUUUGAUGUUGCAGUAUCAUGCACAGUGGGCGAUGCGCAGUGCAAAACUAGGGAAAUACCUUAACCAAAUGAUUUUCUAGAAAGUGCAAAAAUGGCACAAUAGCAUUAUCAUAUCAUGGAUAAAAUUUCUUCUUAUUUUCAUGUAAUUGUGACUACUGUAGAUAUGAAAGGACCAUUUCUCUGUUCAACGCUAAGUCAUUUAAAUCCUUAAUUAUAUUUGAAUUUCUCAUAACACUUCUGUUUUUUUGAUGUGAGGGAUGCUGAGCUGAACUUACUAUAACUAACAUUUUAGUGCUUUGUUGCUGAGACUAAAUGGUUUUCAAAAUAUUUAUGUAAAGUGCUACUUCAAAGUUGAAAUGUUAUACGUAAACUUCUCACAUUGCUGCUGUUUUCUAUUAUAUUCUUCAGGAGCAAGAUUAAGUUUUGCAGUCAAAAUGUCACCAUCUAAGGAAAUUGCAGAAAGAAAGUCCCUUUCUGUGGAAACUGACAUUUUUCAUGAAGCUUUGGAGACACUACAAGGAACUGAAGUGGAAAGAGUAAGGAACAUUCNG